AUGUAUAAUGGCUCUUCUCCUCUUUCCACUUGGCUUCUCCAUAAAUACAACUCUCCUUGGAAAUUGCCACAUUCCAAUGCCUCUAUUUUUUGGAAACAGAUUUGUAAAACUGCUUUAGAAGCUAAGCAGCAAUUUAGUUUUACUAUUACUAGGAAUGCGCCUAUAUCUUUGCUAUGGGAUCACUGGUGUCACCAUCUUCCGCUGCAUGAUUACUUAGGAGAUGCUUAUGUGGGUGAUAUUUCGGAUUGCUGCAUUUCUGAACUUAUUUCUGGAGGCUUUUGGGAUUUUCCAGUGCAUUUCCCAACUCUGCUGCAACAAGCUUGUUUAAGUGUUAAUAUUGCUGAACAUGAAGGACCUUGUCUGCUUUGGAAAAACAAAUGUCAAGCUAAAUUUAAUCAGUAUAUGGAGGAAUUUUACACUGAUAUGCCGGAUUGCAAUUGGUACAAACUCAUAUGGCACAAAAAACAUAUUUUAAAACAUUCAGUUUUUGUAUGGCAAGGUUUAAUGGGAGGGUUAAAAACAGCGGAUGCACUUUUUAUUAGGCACAUCCAAGUUCCGGCCACUUGCAAUUUAUGCCAUUCUCAUGAUGAAUCUAUAUCUCAUUUGUUUUUUGAGUGCAAUUAUUCUUUCGCUAUUUUGCUCGGCAUUAUUCCUGGUACUAGAAAUUAUCUACUGAGACCCUCUAUUAUGCAAUUAUCUGAUUGGAUUGUGGCUGUUUUUGAGAAAAAAUCGGAGGUCUAUGGAUGCCUUCCUCCAAUUCGCAUUGCUACUGGGAGCCAGACUUUCAUUCUUUUGGUUUCCUCUGUUUUGGGAACGGCUGCGGGGAGUUGGACCCAAUAUAAUGGAUGUCUUGGACAAUCCAUUCUUGAGCCAUUGCAAGCUGUUCUUCCAGUUCAUGCUCAUCUGUUCACCACUUUUUCAUCGCAGAUGCGUCAAAAACUGAUAG